AUGCCGGAAGUUGAUCCAGUCCGCGGAGCCGUAAAAAUGGGCAUAAUGAUCAACCAAGAAUGGUACGACGAGCUAAUAACAUGGACACCCGCUGACCAUGGUGGAAUCUCGCAUAUUUCUAUCAAAAGUGAAGAUGUAUGGACACCGCCGCUGACCGUGGCAAAUCCUGUAAAGUUUACACUACUGGAUCAGCCCUGGAUACAGGUCAACUUUCUCUCCAAUGGUAAAGCAUCAUAUCCGGUUGGAGAUAUCGUUGAGUUUUCUUGUUCUUUCUACAUGAAGUUCUGGCCUUUUGAUAAGCAAGUUUGUACUUUGGAUGUAUUUCCGUAUGGAUAUGCUUAUAACACGGUGGCAUAUUCUGUGCCGGGCCCAGUGAUUAAUACGGACUUUUAUACCAAGAACGGUGAGUGGUAUUUAGACGAAGAUUCGUUCGAGACCAGAAUCGAACAUGCAACUGGCUGGUCUAUGGUAAUAUACAGCUUCAGAAUUGCCAGGCAGCCGGUUUUUUACCUACUUACAAUAAUUAUACCGAUUAACGGCAUCGGGGCUUUAACUUGUUUGGUGUUUCUCCUACCCAGUGAGUCCGGAGAGCGGGUAAGCUAUUCUAUAACUAUCAUGUUAGCAUUGGCCGUAUUUUUGACCGUCAUCUCUGAGGACCUGCCGAAGAAUUCGGAGCCAAUCCCGAUAAUGUGUGUAUAUCUUCUCUUCAAUAUGGUGGUCUGUAUUUGUGGACUUAUACUGGUUAUCCUCAAUUUAGUUCUGUACCACAGAAGCGAGACUGUGCAAAUAUCAGGAUUUUAUAGAUCACUAGUGAAAAUUUCACGAUGCGGAGCUAAGAUACAAGACAGUACGCAACAUCCAGAUGAUUCUAUGAAGAUGAUCAGUAUAAAUGAAAACACUCCAAACAAACAGGCGAAAAGGGUUAAGAAAAUCAACAAUUUUACAAAUGCACAAGUUGUUUCAUCGGACACCGACGAGACCAUUACUUGGAAAGAUGUUAGUAAGGCGAUAGACAAAAUAUUAUUCUACGCGCUGGUUGUAACAACGUAUGUUCCUUCCAUCAUAAUACUGACUUAUAUCGCUGCGGGGUCGGACUAUGUUACACAGUGA